AGUGAUGGGGAGGGAAUGCAGUUUUCUUCUCUGUGACUGCCCAGAAGCUGAAAAAUGGUAGUGGGAACAGAGUACUAAAGCUAGAUGCACCAGGAUCUUUCUUCAGUGCCCUGACAACGUGUUUGUGUCAUUCAGAAGUAAGAAGGCAGGCCCCCUUGCCAGUCUGCUCUCAGAACAAGCUUCUUGGUCCUCUGGGGCCAAAGCCAAGAGUGCUAGGAGAAGCCUGGAGAGUUUGAGGAGCAAGGCCUGUCUCAUAUUCAGGAAUUCAAAGGAGAGGCCUCUGGAUUUCCUUGGUGCCUGCAAACCUUGAGAACCCCGAGACUGGCAUAUGCAAGGGAAGAUGAGACACUGUGACUAUAUGGAAUAAAAGGAAAGUGCUGGACACACGUAGUGGGAGCUUGAGUCUGUACACGAGGAGGGACACAUGCAGAUUGGUUGCUGAUGGAAAUUUAAUUAACAAAUGAUGGAAGGAGAUUGAGCCCUUAAUGAAAGAAAACAAACAAAGUAUUUGUCCAGAUGCCAUCUACUUGUGAUAGGAUUCAAGGUUGCCCACGUGGAGAAGCCACCUCUAGCUCAGAAAGAUGGGGGAAAUGGAACAGAUGAAGCAGGAGGCUGAGCAGCUGAAGAAGCAGAUUGCGGAUGCCCGGAAAGCUUGUGCAGACACAACACUUGCUCAGAUUGUGUCUGGAGUGGAGGUUGUUGGCCGCAUUCAGAUGCGGACCCGAAGGACUCUGCGUGGGCAUUUGGCCAAGAUCUACGCCAUGCACUGGUCAACAGACUCCAAACUCCUGGUCAGUGCCUCACAAGAUGGGAAACUGAUCGUGUGGGACACAUACACAACUAACAAGGUUCAUGCCAUCCCUUUGCGUUCCUCCUGGGUCAUGACCUGUGCCUAUGCACCCUCAGGCAAUUUUGUGGCCUGUGGGGGCCUUGACAACAUGUGCUCCAUCUACAACCUCAAGACACGUGAAGGCAACGUCAAAGUGAGCAGGGAACUCUCAGCUCAUACAGGUUACCUCUCCUGCUGCCGGUUUCUUGACGACAACAGUAUUGUGACUAGCUCUGGAGAUACCACAUGUGCACUCUGGGACAUUGAGACAGGGCAGCAGAAGACCGUGUUCCUGGGUCACACUGGAGACUGUAUGAGCUUGGCAGUUUCCCCAGACUUCAAACUGUUCAUCUCUGGGGCCUGUGAUGCCACUGCCAAACUGUGGGACGUGCGGGAGGGUACCUGCCGCCAGACAUUCUCAGGGCACGAGUCUGAUAUCAAUGCCAUCUGCUUCUUCCCUAAUGGCGAAGCCAUCUGCACUGGCUCAGAUGAUGCCACCUGCCGCCUCUUUGACCUCCGGGCAGACCAGGAGCUCAUAGUGUACUCUCACGAAAGCAUCAUCUGCGGAAUCACGUCAGUCGCCUUCUCCCGCAGCGGGCGCCUCUUGCUUGCUGGAUACGACGACUUCAACUGCAACAUCUGGGACUCCCUGAAAGCAGAACGUGUGGGAAUCCUUUCUGGCCAUGACAAUAGAGUGAGCUGCUUGGGGGUUACAGCAGAUGGCAUGGCUGUUGCCACUGGCUCCUGGGACAGCUUCCUCAAGAUUUGGAACUAAGGACAGCAGAGGAGAGGGAAAGAACAGCGGAAGCACGGCCCACAGCAACAGCAUCAUCAGCCAAGCACAACGGAAACACCUACUUGUCACUCUCACUUGUCUCUACACACAGGUUGCUUACAGGGGUCUCCUAGAGUGAAAGGGCAAGGAGGGGGAGUACACACACUGGCUGUUCUCUCUACCUCUAAGCAAGCCCAGUCUCUUGCAGGCUUGAAGACCUGCAAAACACAAGUUACAUCUCUGGACUUUACAGGUUCAAACCUGUAAUGAUGUUCAAACACCCUGCAUCUUCCUUCAAACACCUCUACCUACAUUUGAUAUCCAGCCCUUGGAGGACCCCGCAUUCAACACCUCUGUCCCAGAUCUCUGUCUUCAAUUUAACUAUACCUAGCUUUUGUGUGGCUGUCAUAUUCCUGCAGGCAGCCCCAGAGACAUACUAGGCUUGAGAUUUAUAACAUGCAACCCCUACCGAGCAGGUAGUGUAAAUUGGGCUCAUUUUCCACAGGGGAAAACUUAGCUCAAGUCUUAUCUAUGGAUAAAUGGGAGGAAGGAUAGCCCUCAGACCUUCCAGAAUACCAGAGAAUGAUUUGUUCUUAUUUGUUUGCUUCUUGCUGUUCCUUCUCUUUUUGCCUCGUUCCUAUAUUGUGCAGUGACCCUGUCUAACCAGUAGCCAUCAGCCACCGCUUUCAUGUCUGUUCUAGAUCUCCAUAGUCCAGGCAAAUAAAGAAAGCUGACAUGAGCACCACA